AGUGUCCUGACCGCGGGAGGUCCCGGGCUGAUCCCGCUCCUGGAGGGUGUUUCCCUGCAGUGGGGGGCUUACUGACUUGCCAGGUUUCCCCCUAAUCUCGCCCUUCUUCAUUCUCAUCUCCAUCACCGCCCCGCCACCCCCCCCCCCCGCCAAGUUCAUGGCUUCUGCAAUGCGGUGGGUGUGGUUACCUACUAGAUGGUAACUGUAGAGCUUUGCGGUGGGGAGAAUCUUUCCUUUUCGGUUUUGAUCUAUGGGGAGCCAAAGUUUCCUGGGGUUGCUUUCUCUUCUAUUGCAGUUUUGGGGAGGUUAAAGUUGGGAAGAGAUGGUGGCGGAGCAAGUAGAAUGAUAAAGAAAACAUGUGGAAUUAAUUGCGUGUGCAGACUGGACUGAGAAAUCCUGCGGGCCAGGCCGUCCAGCUAAUGCAGGGCUUGCAUGACGUGGUUCAGCUGCGCUAGGUCUUGCAGCAUUCUCCCUGAAGUAUUGCGGAAUUGCAUUUGCAGACAUCCUGCCAGCGCUUCCCCACCCCCAUCCCCAUGUUGGACUCCCUGGGGUGGCCAGGUGUGGGGGAGUUUCUCUGGCCAGCAUGGACUUUCCCCGAAGAAUCUUCACACCAAGUACUAAAAACAUUCUUUGGGAGUUUAAUCCUGAUUUUUUAAAGUCUCAAGGAAACAAAAGUGACCAAACUCCGCUUAUAUCUGGGAUCCAUGGACAUAGCACUAAUUACAGCAAAUUAAGCAGAAGAACCCAAUUAGGAAAAGGGGGCACAUCAAGCUUGAGUAAACUCUGGGGAAUAGGAGAACAAUCAACCAUGACGACUGAAUCAGGAUCAGACUCUGAGUCCAAACAAGAGCAGGACGCCGAGCCCCAGGAGGCUGCGGGUGCUCAGGGCCGCGAGGGUGCACAGCCGAACCCUGGGCCAGAGCUGAGUGGGGAGGAGCAGCGGCAGGCCCUGGAACAGUUUGAGGCUGCAGCUGCCGCACACAGCACCCCUGUGAGGAAGGAGGUCACUGACAAGGAGCGGGAGUUUGCUGCUGGAGUUGCAAAACAGCUCGAGUAUCAGCAAUUGGAAGACGAUAAACUUUCUCAGAAAUCAUCUAGCAGUAAACUAUCUCGAUCUCCGUUAAAGAUUGUCAAAAAACCUAAAAGCAUGCAGUGCAAAGUGAUACUUUUGGACGGUUCAGAAUAUACCUGUGAUGUGGAGAAACGCUCCAGAGGCCAAGUGCUCUUUGAUAAAGUAUGUGAACAUCUGAACUUGCUAGAAAAAGACUACUUUGGGCUUACAUAUAAAGAUGCUGAAAACCAGAAGAAUUGGUUGGAUCCUGCAAAAGAAAUUAAAAAACAGGUUCGAAGUGGUGCUUGGCACUUUUCCUUUAAUGUGAAAUUUUAUCCACCAGACCCCUCUCAGCUAUCUGAAGAUAUCACCAGGUACUACCUCUGCUUACAGCUGCGAGAUGACAUCGUGUCAGGAAGGCUGCCCUGCUCCUUUGUCACCCUGGCCCUGCUGGGCUCCUAUACUGUCCAGUCAGAACUAGGUGACUAUGAUCCGGAUGAAUGUGGAAAUGAUUACAUUAGUGAGUUCCGCUUUGCACCAAAUCACACGAAGGAACUGGAAGAUAAAGUGAUCGAGCUACAUAAGAGCCACAGAGGAAUGACACCAGCAGAAGCAGAAAUGCAUUUCUUGGAAAACGCCAAAAAGCUCUCCAUGUAUGGAGUAGAUUUACAUCAUGCCAAGGAUUCUGAAGGAGUAGAGAUUAUGUUAGGAGUUUGUGCCAGUGGCCUGCUGAUAUAUCGGGAUCGGCUGCGAAUAAACAGAUUUGCCUGGCCAAAGGUUUUAAAAAUUUCAUACAAACGGAACAAUUUUUACAUUAAGAUCCGGCCAGGAGAGUUUGAACAAUUUGAAAGCACCAUUGGGUUUAAGCUGCCAAAUCACCGAGCCGCAAAGCGUUUAUGGAAAGUUUGUGUUGAACAUCAUACAUUUUUCAGACUUUUAUUACCAGAAGCACCUCCAAAGAAAUUCCUCACCUUGGGCUCCAAGUUCCGUUACAGUGGCAGAACACAGGCCCAAACGAGACGAGCCAGUGCGUUGAUAGAUCGCCCUGCACCUUACUUUGAACGCUCAUCCAGCAAACGUUACACCAUGUCUCGAAGCUUGGAUGGAGCAUCAGUGAAUGAAAACCAUGAAAUAUACAUGAAGGAUUCUGUGUCUGCUGCAGAGGUUGGUACUGGCCAGUACGCUACCACAACAAAGGGCAUCUCUCAGACCAACUUGAUCACCACUGUGACUCCGGAGAAAAAGGCUGAGGAGGAACGUGACGAGGAAGAGGAGAGAAGGAAAAAGGCAGAAGAAGCCACACCUGUUGCCGCAAUCCGGCAGGAGGGAAAGUCAUCUGGGCUUGGCACUGAUUCCUGUCCCCUGUCCCCACCAUCAGCUCAUCUUGCCCCUCCAUCCCCCACAGAGCUCCGUAGGAGGUGGAAGGAGAAUGGCCAGCAGGAGCUGGGCUGUGAGCUGCCCAAAGAGCCCAAGCCUAAGCCCGGAGAGCCCACCUUGGACUCUGACAGCAAAGGGAAGCCAUACCUAGGGGACCAAGAUGUGGCUUUUAGCUACAAGCCGCAAACGGGCAAAGGGACCACCCUGUUUUCCUUCUCCUUGCAGCUCCCCGACUCGUUCCCUUCUCUUCUAGAUGAUGACGGGUACCUCUCUUUCCCCAACCUGUCAGAGACCAAUCUCCUUCCUCAGAGCCUGCAGCAUUACCUCCCCAUCCGCUCGCCCUCCCUGGUACCCUGUUUCCUCUUCAUCUUUUUCUUCCUGCUCUCCGCCUCCUUCUCAGUGCCAUAUGCCCUCACUCUCUCCUUCCCUCUGGCUUUGUGCCUCUGCUACCUGGAGCCCAAGGCGGCCUCCUUGACUGCCUCACUAGACAAUGACCCGAGUGACAGUUCAGAGGAAGAGACCGACAGUGAGCGAACAGAUACUGCAGCCGAUGGAGAAACCACCGCCACUGAGUCGGACCAGGAAGAAGAUGCAGAGGCCAAGGCACAGAAUAGUCUGAUUAAGCGAAUAAAGGGUGAAAAUGUGUAUGUCAAACAUAGUAAUCUUAUGUUAGAGGAGCUAGAUAAAGCUCAAGAUGACCUGGUGAAACAUCAAACCAACAUUAGUGAGCUGAAAAGAACCUUUUUAGAGAGCUCCACAGAUACUGCCAUCACGAAUGAGUGGGAGAAGAGGCUUUCUACCUCCCCGGUGCGGCUAGCUGCCAGGCAGGAAGAGGCCCCCAUGAUCGAACCACUUGUACCUGAAGAGACCAAAGAAGAAAGAGAGAUUUCAGAAAAAGUUAUAUUUUUGCAGCAAGGAAGCUCUUCAUUCCUUGAGUCUCAGCCAAGUGUGAGAAAGAGAAUGCAGGAAGGAGAAUCUACAAGUUCCAUGGUUACCUCUCAUCAAAUAAUUUUCCAGAAAACUGUUCCAUCGACCAUAGAGGGCACAGAGGAUUGGGUUAUUGUAGACAAAAUACCCUCUGAGGUAGUUGAUGGUGAUUCGAAAAAGCUUGUCACUUACAAGGUGGUAACCGUGAGCAGUAGAACCGAUGACCUCCCUGCUGACGAGCUGAGAUCUAGUACCAUUGAAAUGCAGAGCUUUGAUGACCUCACCCGAGAAUUGCAAUUGAAGGAAGAAAGCAAACAAAAAUUAUACACGCUAGGAAAAUCCUACGAUACUGUAUCUGGAAAAAUUGUUACCAUGACUGAAAAAGCUAAAGAGGGUGAGAAGGCAGUGGAACCAUCCAUUCUGGAAGCUCUUCAGCAAAUGGAUCGAGGACUGACAGAGUCGGUGAAGCUCAUUCCUGGCAUGACAGAAUACGAGGUCCUCGAAACCAUCAGUGAUGAGAAAUCUAGGAGAGGACCAGAGAUCCACACGCCGAAGAGGAAAGUGUCCGAGUGCCUAGCUCCCAUUCAGGAAGCUGAGUCUCGGAGGCAGAGUCCUGAAGAGGAAGAGCUCAGGAAGGGUCCCACGCUGGGUAGGGAUGCGGCUCUGCACCGGAGCCUGGGAAGUAUGUGGUUCAGCAGAACGGAGCAGGAGCUAGAGAGUGAGGCUUUAAAAGUGGGACCCUUCGGUCCUAGGAGGAAGAGUCUGUCGGAAUGGAGAUACUCCCAGGAGCCAGCCGUCACCGUGGCCACUGCUCAUUAUGUUUCCGAAUCCACUGCAUCCCGAGUUGUGACUAAACAGUCUUCAGGUGAAAAACUCAUGGAUGGCUCGGAAAUCUUCAGUUUAUUAGAGUCUGCGAAAAAACCAACAGAAUUCAUAGGAGGGGUUACUUCCACUUCUCAAAGCUGGGUUCAGAAAAUGGAAACGAGGACAGAGUCCAGGGAACUAGAAACUGAAGCCACACAGGCCCCUAGCGUGGAGGAGAAGGUUGUGCAGGAAACCGUGUCGGAGAAGAGACAUGUGAUGAAUGUGCAUGCACGUGGGGAUGCGUCUUUCGUAGCUGGAGAUGAUGUGGCUGCUGCAGCCCAGGCAGUGUCCGCUGAUGCUUUUAGCACUAAAGGGAAGGAGGGCUCUUCUCUGACUGAGGGGGCUAAAGAGAAAAAAGGGGAGGGAACUGAUAAGGCCGUCCUGGAACAGGAAGAAUCGGCCACUGCUUCCCAUGAGCGAGAGGAGGAGCAGAGUACAACUACCCGCGUUUCUGAAACUGUGGAACAAAAACCUCAUUUUGAGUCCUCAACUGUGAAAACAGAAACCAUGAGUUUCAGCAGUGUUUCACCAGGAGGCGUAAAGCUAGAAAUUUCUUCCAAGGAAUUACCAGUAGUUCACACAGAAACAAAAACCAUAACAUAUGAAUCAUCACAGGUUGAUUCCGGUGCUGAUUUGGAGCCAGGUGUGCUCAUGAGCGCACAGACCAUCACAUCCGAAACCACCAGCACCACCACCACCACCCAUAUCACCAAAACUGUGAAGGGAGGCAUUUCAGAGACGAGAAUUGAGAAGAGAAUAGUCAUCACGGGAGAUGCAGAUAUUGACCAUGACCAGGCGCUGGCUCAGGCAAUUAAAGAGGCCAAAGAGCAGCACCCUGACAUGUCAGUGACCAAAGUAGUGGUUCAUAAAGAGACAGAGAUCACACCAGAAGAUGGAGAGGAUUGAUCCCAGGAUUGAAUUAGCCUGCACAUGAAUCGUCAUACAAACCAUUAGGAAAACCGAGCCUAUAUGGAAUUCCCUCUUCUAACCCAACUGACUUAUAUCUGCCAGUGGAAACUUUCAAUCAGGAAGAACUGAACUUGAAUAUAAUAAAGACCCUGGCGGAGAGAUCUUCCCAUAAUAAAGCAAUCCGAAUCAGCGUCACUAAACUGAUAUUGCAUGAAGCAACGAUUCAAUCACAAAAGAGCAACGUUUUUGAUUUUCACAAAGUGUCUCAGUUUUCAGCUAUACCUGCACGUUCAUAACCAACAAUAUAAACUGUGAUCUCAUGUAACACCAACAAUCCAUGCCUUUCAUAGUUUAUUAUUAUUAAAGUCUAAACAAAUUUGAGAUUUCUUAGGUGACAGUUCUUUUGUUUACAGAUAAAUGAAGAUUACCCUAAAGUUCUAGAAGCUGUCUAGGUUCGGUGUGUCCGGUUCAUCCCAGAUUAGAUGUGCCAAUAACAGAGUUUAUUCAGUAAACAACUUGAAUCUUGUUCUUGUUUCAAAUGGUUUUAUUACUCUUGCCCAUAAACAGUAAUGAUUCUCUGAUUAUCUGGAAAUAUUUAAUGCUUACAAUCCUGCUUCAUGUAUCUAAUUUAAUUUGUUAUAAGGUAGUACUGAUUUUAGCACAUUAAUGUGAUUUCCUAUUGUUUGCUUUGUUCUGAGUCAAGUCUGGAAAGCUUCCCAGAGGUACUUAAAAAUUUCCUAAAUAUAUAAAUUGUCAUCAUUUUGGGAAGAAACUGUAUUUUUGUUAGUUUGAAAUAUUAUGAAACUUCACUCCAGAAAAAGCCACUGUUGCUUUGUUUUGUUUCUUCUUGUAUUUUUAAUGAUUUUCUUUUACUUGAAAAAAGUGUUUGAUUUCCAAAUCUGGUCCAUAUUUACAAUCUAGUUCAGAGCCAAGCCUUAAACUGUACAGAAUUUCCACUGUAAUUAUACUAUUUACUGUUUAGUUAUAAAUAGCCUUCAAAAAUAUAUUCUCCAUUAUACUGUUAAUUGCAUCACACAGCCCAUGGUGAAUGUAUGUUUAUGCAUAGCAAAAUUAAAAUGGUAAAUGCAUUUAAAAUGUAA